UUCGCCAAGCACUCAUUGCCCAGCCGCGCAUCAGUGCACGCACACUCACUGCACACACACUCGCUGCACACACACACUCACUGCACACACUCACUGCACACACACGAGAGUCAAGAUGAGCAGCUACUCUGAUCUGGACAGACAGAUCGACAAACUGCGGCGAUGCGAGCUGAUCACAGAGGACCAAGUCCAACAACUAUGCAUCAUGGCAAGGGACAUCUUGAUGGAGGAAGGCAACGUUCACAGUCUCAGCAGCCCAAUCACGAUAUGUGGCGACAUUCACGGCCAAUUCUACGACCUGAUGGAGCUGUUUGAGAUCGGAGGCGAUGUUCCCCACAGACAAUACCUCUUUCUCGGCGACUACGUCGAUCGUGGCUUCUACAGCGUGGAGACUUUUCUCCUCCUCCUUGCGUUGAAGGUCCGGUUUCCCGAUCGCAUCAUGCUCAUUCGCGGCAACCACGAGAGCAGACAAAUUACACAGGUGUAUGGGUUCUAUGACGAAUGUUUGCGGAAAUACGGCUCAGCACACGUCUGGCACCUGUGCACGGAUGUGUUUGACUACCUGCCGCUCGGUGCGCUGAUUGACAACCGCGUGCUGUGUGUGCACGGCGGCCUGUCUCCGUCACUGCACACCAUUGACGGCAUCCGCGUCAUUGAUCGCAAGGUCGAGGUCCCGCACCAGGGGCCUAUGUGCGACCUCCUCUGGUCCGACCCAGAAGGAUCGCUCGACCACUGGGGCGUCAGUCCUCGCGGCGCUGGUUUCCUCUUCGGCUCAAAGGCCGUCGAUGAGUUUACGAGCCAGAACGACAUUGCGAUGAUCUGCCGCGCACACCAACUGGUGAUGGAGGGCUUCAAGUGGCACUUCAACAAGCGCGUCCUCACCAUCUGGUCCGCUCCGAACUACUGCUACAGGUGCGGGAACGUUGCGAGUCUGUUUGAGUUCCGCGGGCUGGAUGCGACGCCGCGGUACCAGUUCAAGAUGUUCAACGAGGCGCCCGCAGAGACGCGCGGCAACCCGGCCCGCCCAGCAGCGCCAGACUACUUUCUCUAGCGCCACACCCAGCACGGUGAUGAGUGGUGGUUGGAGUUGAGAGAGCACUGUUGUUAUCUGGUGGUGCUGCAACAUGUGGUGCAAGCGGCGGUGGUAGUGGUGGUGGUGGUGGUGGUGGUGGUG